GAGCAUGAUGUCGAGGGUUGCUAGGGCAACCGUGGCUGCCGGCUAACCUCGCGCCAGCUGACGAGCCGGCACCUAGACGAGACGAGACAGAGACGGCAAUGGCGGCUCCUUUGGUUGUGUUGCUGGGGGGUGCCGAAAGACAACGACGCGACGAGAGGCAACGACGCGACGCGUUCGGCAUGGCCGAAGAAGAGUUUCGAAGGCAUUUUAGGCCCUCCAAAGACACAGUGUGACGUCUUUGCGAUGAGCUAGAAGGACAUCUCGGACCUCAAAGAUUUCGUGGUGUCGACACUACGAUGAAAGUGCUGUGCGCGCUGCGGUUUUUUGCCACCGGGAGCUUUCAACAGUGCGUCGGGAAUGAAGAAGCGAUUGCACUGUCGCAGCCUUCGGUCAGCCGGAUCAUUACAGCCGUCGCCAAGGCCAUUACGGUUGUGGGCAAAGAAAAAGGAUGGGUUAGAUUCCCAUCCACGGCGCAACAGAAAGCCGCCGUCAAGGAAGGCUUUCUUAGCCGUGGAAAAAUUCCAGGAGUUCUAGGAUGUGUGGACGGGAGUCUGAUAGCCAUCGUUCGCCCUAAGAAGCUCGGCCCCGGCGAAACGGAAUCGUACUGGAGCCGUAAAGGGUAUUACGCCCUCAACUGCAUGGUCGUGUGUGAUGCAAAGCUGAAUAUCCUGGCAAUUGACCCACGGUUUCCGGGAUCGUGCCACGAUUAUUUCGUUUGGAGGCAUUCUGCAUUUCGCCGCCGCCUCACUCGUGGCCUGUUACUUCAUGGAGAAGUCUUGCUUGGGGACUCUGGGUACCCACUAGAGCCAUGGAUCAUGACUCCUGUGCCUGGUCACCCAAAUCGCCUCACAGCAGAGGGGCGCUAUAAUGAGGCACACGCAUCAAUGCGAAAUGCCGUUGAGCGGUGCAUAGGAGUCGUCAAGAGCCGCUUCCGAUGCCUGCAGAGGUAUCGGGUGCUCCACUACUCGCCUCAGAAAGCAGCCACUAUUGUUGCAGCUUGUGCAGCGCUGCAUAACCUCUGCCUUGCAGCAGGCGUGCCUCUGCCAGACGACCCAGGUGACGACGGUGCACAUGACGACAGCGCACAGGAGCCAGCCCAGGCACAAGUGCCGCUUCAAGUACAGGUGCCACCGCAGGCGCACCCUGUACAGCCUUCUCGAGCUUUGUUUCAAAGAGGCCGUGCGGUGCGUGAAUCCAUAGUUGGUGUGUUUCGGCUGCCCAGAAAUUUGCGCAUUGCCUACCUGCAAAGUGUGCGCCGGCGCAUUCGCUGGCAAAUGAGGUGGAGACAUGUGCUGGUGUAACAUGUUUUAUUUUUAUUUUCAUAAAAGUAAAUAGGCCGUGCACUUCAACAUAACACAUUGCGUGUGCUCACAUGUGGCUAAUCAUAGUAUGCUGCAUACUGCAGUAGUGAAAAGCACAUGAUUUGUCUAUGUUGAGCAUGACAGAUACACAUGCAGUGACAAAUAACCAUGUGCCAUUAUGUUACUCCUUUGCUUUGUUCACUGUGCUUUUGAAUAUUGUCUCGCCAGGGAAUUUUCUUUAAAUAAAGGUUAUUUCCAAGGUGAAUGGCAA